GACUCAGGAAAUGAUGUUUGUCCAGGUGUCCUAUGGUCUCUGUUGUUUCACGCCUCCCCUCUCCUGUGUGAGUGUUUAAAGAAAUCAGAAGAUAGUAAAAAGAUAAGUUAGAGUUGUAUGCCAGAAUGUUUUGCUUUUAAGCAUAAUGUCUGUGUAUAAAUCAAUACAUAUGAUUAAAGAAAUAAGAAGACCUGAUGAAGAAACAAUGUUAAAUAAAAUAAUUGUAAUAGUAUUUAGGUAGGUUUUUUAAAAAAGAGGUACCGGUUAGGAGCUCAAUUGAAUAAGCUGUUGUCUUCCUGUCUUGAAGGUUGUAGUGUAAAUCUUUCCUUCCAAGCCAGUCAUCGUCGUCUAACUGGGUCACGCCCCAAGACUUCUGAUACGUCAGUACAGUUCAAUAGAAUAAAAGUUUAGGAACUCGGCUAGGUGUUAAGACAUUUCCUUUCCCUGCAGACUAAAUGUCUGCUCACGCCAAAGGGUAUUCCUUGAUAUUCAAAUAUAACUUCCUUGCAGUCUCUGUAAUCUCCCACAAACAAGGUGUCAUGGUUUUACAAUAAUAAUAUAGAUCAAUAGAUCUAUACUUUACGACCUAUGCGAGGUGUUAAGACAUUUCCUAUCCCCCUGCAGACUAAGCGUCUGCUCACGCCAAAGGGUCUUCCUCGAUAUUUGAAUAUUACUUCCUUGCAGUCUCUGUCAUCUCCCACAAACAAGGUGUCAUGGUUUUACAAUAAUCUAGUUCAAUAGAUCUAUACUUUACGACCUAUGCGAGGUGUUAAGACAUUUCCUUUCCCCCUGCAGACUAAGCGUCUGCUCACGCCAAAGGGUCUUCCUUGAUAUUCAAAUAUUACUUCCUUGCAGUCUCUGUCAUCUCCCACAAACAAGGUGCCAUGGUUUUACAAUAAUAAUAUAGAUCAAUAGAAUAAAAGUUUAGGAACUCUGUUAGGUGUUAAGACAUUUCCUUUCCCUGUAGACUAAGUGUCUGCUCACGCCAAAGGGUCUUCCUUGAUAUAUGAAUUCAUCCUUUCUUAAACACACACCUUUUUUGGGGGGAAAACAGAUCUUUUGAAUUGUUGUGAUUAAAUGUAAUUCAAUAAAAAAGUAGAUUUAAGUAUAGCAUUGCUUAUUCUUUUGUGCUUUAGAUGUCUACACAUAUAAAAAGUCGUAUACAUAUCGUUAUAAGUAUGCGUGGGUGAAAUGUUAUGUCAUUUGUCUUAUACUGUUUAAAAUGUUAAUAUAUUAAAUGUAUGAUUUAAAAUAAAUUAUUCUUUUAACAGUGAUAAGUAAUUAUACUUUUAACUACAGGUUUGUCUAGUUCAUUCUUUUUACCCAUCAGUUUUCAUGAAGAUAUAUUCUUUACAUUAUAUAUGUAUAAGUAUCUAUAAUUUACUAGAGAAGCUUAUAUAUCUAGUUGAUAAUCUUAUUUGUAAAAGGUUUAAAAAAUUAAAUAGCCAAAUAAAAUAUAGGGUGGGGUUUGUGUCAUGUAAAUAUGUGGGGUACGGCCUCCUGAGUCUGGCAAGCCCCGCCUCCGUAGUUCAAAAGGUUGGAUUCUGAUUUGGGCCCUUACACCAGUAACUGGUUUUCGCGAGGACAUCUCUUUCUCUCAGUUAUAUUAAAGAGGCCUUGUUUUAUUUUUCUCAAACAAUGGAUUCAGGACUUGCUGGUAAGUUAUUUUAUUUGUUUUUAUAUGUUUUAUUUAUCAUGUUUGAUAUACCAAGUUAUCUUCAUUUGUAAAAACAGUCUUAUUUUGUUUUUAUUUUUAACAUUUAACAGGCUUUUAAAUGUGUAUGUAUACGAUACAGGAAUUUUUAAAACGCUACCUCCCUACCAACAUUUUGACCAGAUCGACCAGCUUUGUAAGUGUUUUAAGUAUAUUUUCAAGUAAAUUUCCUGAAUGAUCAUAUGAGCGCAUUUAUCUAUGUAUAUUUUAUAUUACACGUUUAUUCCAAAUUAGUGAAUUCUACUUUGAUAAAUAUUGAAGAGCAAAGCGACACUAGGACCAGCGAUCUGCAAGUUAAUAACCCCGCAAUAAAUGAGGGUUCUCAAGGCUUUAAUGAGGGCUGUGAACUGCAAGAUGCUGCAUUACUAGUCACACAACCAGGAUUUGUACCACAGAAAACCUCUACAAAAUCUUCAAGACUUAGUCUUAGUCGGAAACGUAAGCAGGCCCGUUCUAUUACCAGUGAUAAAAGGACAUGCCCGGACCAUACACUAGUUUCUGAUGUGCAACCUCUGGAUACUACCACAGAUUUCAUUAAAACAGUUGAUUUCUAUACAGAAAACCUGUUAGGAGCUGGAGAUGUCACAAAUUCAUGGUAUGCAGCGUUGGCUAGGGGCUCAGAAGCUAACGGUGAUGCAAUAGUACCGGUAGUUAAUACCGUACUGCCAUCGUCUUUGGACCCGCAGACAUCUGUGGCGGUUAAUCUGCCAAGUGUGGUUGGUGCCGGUGUUGAGGAUGGAUCUUCUGUGAUUUUUGAAACAUCUCUACCUACAAACCAGGAACAUUUCAUCAAUGAGUUGUUGCAGGAAUUGACAGCUCGAGUGAGAAGACAGGCUGAAGGCAUCGCUGCCAUAAUUUCAAGGUGUACAGAUCAAGACGUAGUGCUGAGAAGACUGACUGAAGGCAUCGCAGCCAUAAUUUCGUGGUCUAAAGAUCAAGAGUUAUUGACCAGACUUAUAUUUGAAGCUCACAAAAAGACUUCUGAAGAACAAAACUUGGUGAACAGAGUGCUGCUUGAUCGCUUGGUGGACGUUGAAAAAGCCCAGAGAAAGGAGUUCGAUGUACAGCGAAACACGGUAAUUCUAAUUCAACAAGUUAAAGAUGCUGUUUCACACAAUAAUGGUUUAUAGUUGAAAUAAGUGUUGUUGUUGUUGCUGGGUUUUUAUUCUACUAUUUUGCAAAAGUUGUUUUAAAUGUGUUUUUUAAAUAUGUUUUGAUUAUUUUUGGUGUUGCUGGGUUUUAUUCUACUAUUUUGCGAAGCUGUUUUAUAUGUGCUUUUAAAUAUGUUUUGAUUAUUUUGGUGUUGCUGGGUUUUUUCUACUAUUUUGCGAAGCUGUUUUAAAUGUGUUUUUAAAUAUGUAUUUGGUUAUUUUUUGGUGAUGCUGGGUUUUUUCUACUAUUUUGCGAAGCUGUUUUAAAUGUGUUUUUAAAUAUGUAUUUGGUUAUUUUUGGUGAUGCUGGUUUAUAGUUGAAAUACUUGUUGUUACAGAGGUUUUCUACUAUUUUGUGAUACCGGUUUAAUUGCGAUAUAUAUAUAUAUAUAUAUAUAUUUUGGAUUGCUAGUUUUAUUUCGGGUAAGAGUAAUUUAAGUGUUUUUUAUUUUUUAUUUUUGUUUGGCUAUAUCGACAUUGGCUAACGUUAAUUUGUAAUGCUAUUUUGGGUAUAAUCAGAGAAAAUAUCUGUGUAAUCCUGGAGAGGUUCUAAAUAUUUUUGAAAAUGGCUGGUAAAAGAGUGCAUUCAGAUGAUGAUCUACAUAGCUGUCAAGAAAUACCUACUGUAAGGGCUAGGCAUGAGACUGAGGCUGAAAUGUUUGCUGCCGCACAAGACCAAUUACUUGAAACGGUAAACGAAAUGAUUCGGUCAUAUGAACAAAGAUUUGAAACAAAUUUGUUACAAACAGGUUAUGGCGUAGUAAAUCCUAACGAUAAUUCUAACACGACAGACACCCUUAUGGGUUUAAGUCAGAGUGACGUGGACACGCUAGUGCGUGAUGGAGGGACAGUAAGUGAUUACACAAUAGUCCCGAGACCCUAUUUUAAUGGUCUAGAAAUCCACAGAAAUCUAAAUUUGCGCGAGAUCAUAACCACAGAUUUGGCAGCGUACACUAUAUUUGUUCAAAAUAUUCUGUCGGAAAUGGUUUCAUUCUCCAGGCAGAUAGGAGGUGAUAAUUGCUUCAUUAAUAUUAGUCUAAAAGGCGACAGUCUCAAAUCUGACAUUAACACUAUACUGUGUCCCGGUAACGACUAUGAUGAAAAUCGUUUUAUCGAUCAGUUUGAAUCGGUUGCACAAAGUAAUGAACAGGUGCUGGCAGAUGACAGUUUGCAACUGCAUGUAUCAAUAGCAAGAAGUAUGAAUGGAGGGGCUCGUAUGUCAGAAAUAAAAAGAAUUUCACACUGAAAAACAAGUCAGUUGUUAAGAAGUUCCGUGUCGUUUAUGACAAAAGCAUCUUGCUUACACGUCGAGACCCUUUGGCUAUUGAAACAUGUCUUACGGUAAUCGGGGUAUGCAAGGUAUAGAGGGGUUUGAUUUCAGAAUUCAACAUCCUUUCUCCAUGGUAAUUGCAGGGCCCUCAUGCUCUGGAAAGACAUUCUUUGUAAAAAUGCUGUUACAAAACGCUGAGAAAAUUGUUUCUAAAAAUAUUGAAAAUAUUGUGUUAAUUUAUGAUUGUUGGCAGCCAAUGUAUGAUGAUUUGAUGAAAAUGUUUGACAUUAAAUUUAUUGAAGGAAUUCCACAGAA